UCAGUCUCUCGAAGGCCGACCCGUUGUUGGCACGCGACAUUCGAACGUCUGCCGGCAGUACGUUACCCGGUAGUUUGGCGUUCGCUAACGCUUUAAUUAUUACUAUUUAUACUAUUAUUAUUAUUAUUACAGCAUAAUGUGUUUUCCAUGUGAAAUAACAUGUUAAAAUAAUGUACACACACGUUGAACUCACUUAAUCGUUAAAAAAAAAAAUCACCUGUAAACUACCGUCGUCGUCGUCUUGGUCGGAUUACAAAACAGAAGCGCCGUAGAUCUAUAUAUUAUACCAGAAUGGAUGACAGAGACAUCGAAGACUUGCCGACGACCAGACUGAAGUCGGUUAAACUUAAUGUGAAGAACGGUUCCCGAAAUGACAACGAUAUCGAGACAGUAUACGAUCACGAUGCUCGUGGCCCUGGUCGUCUUAACACGUUCCCACAUGACGAGAGACAAGCAAGCGGUCUGUACCACGCCGGACUGUUUGAGAUCUGCUUGGACCAUCAUCGAGUCUAUGAACAAAUCCGUGGACCCGUGCGAUGACUUUUACGAAUUCGCCUGCGGCAACUAUCCCACGAGACAUCCGGUGCCCAAAACUUCCCUGGCCAACGAUAGAUUCUUAGAGUUGUCCACCGAACUACUGAAGAGCAUCAGGGCUUAUAUGGAGAAAGAAGACUCAGAUUCGGAACCCUAUUCAGUGAUGCAGUCGAGGCAGUUGUAUCGUUCUUGCAUGGCUACAGACGAGAUGGACGCCAAAGGACUUAAGCCGCUGAUCGCCAUCCUUGACAAGAUCGAAUUGCCUCGCGUAGGAAUCAUUUCUAAGAAAAAAAACAACGUUACCACAUCGGGGUUGCUGGCUCGCGCCAAACGAUAUCUUAACAUGAACUUCUUGUUUUACAUGAGUGUCGAGCCGGAUCCCAAAAAUCGGACCAUCAACCGGAUCACGUUGUCCAAACCUAGUGAAUCUUUCGACUCCUUCCCGGCUAAUAAACUAAACAAUAAGAUCAAAAAGUAUUUCCGGAGGAAGAAGAGGGAAACGUUGGCUUCGGAAGAAAAAGUCGACACCGAAGACGAUGACGAAGACGAAGAAUCGGUCGAUUUCCUUAAAUCGUUUGGAAAGUACGUCAAAGGCGUCUGGAUGGAUAUUUACGCGCAUUUGACCAACGAAACCUUACCCAAUGGUUUCAACUUGAAUCCAAGGAUCUUACAAAUACUGUCGUUUAACAAUGAGAUCACAGACUUAAAAUCUAAAGUGUACGACUCCGACGAUGAAAAGGCGACUCUCAUGUCAGUGGAUGAAUUUCAAACAUAUUUACAGAGGAACGAAACGAAGGGCGUAAUUAAUUUCAAAGAGUUCUUUACUAUUUUGUUUCAAGAUGUCGAAAACGUGACGUUGGAUUUCAAUACGGAUUUAAUUGAGGUUAAUAAUAUAGAAUACUUCGGCGACCUGUUUGCAUACUUGUCGACCACGACCAAAGAAGAAAGAGUCAUUAACAUUUGGUGGGAAGUCGUUUCGAAUCUCCUACACUAUACUACCAACCGAAUGGUGUUCAUACAAAACAGAUACGUAUACGAGACGACGGGACUAGAAAACAACCCUUCCAGAUCCAUUUACUGUUCUUCGGCUGUAAACAACCUGAUGGGAAUGGCUGUUUCGCAUUUUUUAGUCGAUUUGGAAUCGCUAAACGAUACGAAAAAAAUGAUGUUGGAAAUGAUGGACAACAUUCGCUGGGCAUUUGAACGGUUGGUCAAAGAAUUGGAUUGGAUGGACGAAGAAACCAAAGCGAGCACAUUGCAAAAAGCCAAUAUGAUGCAAACACUAGUUGGGUUUCCUGAACACCUAGCUGAAGCUAAUGAACUUGACGAAUACUACUCGGACGUCGAAGUGAUUGAAAACGAUUUUUUCAGCAAUGUCCUCAAGUUUGUAGAGAAGACCUUCUUGUAUCAAUUACAGUCACUUAGGAUUACAAACGACUUAGAUCCAAUUAAUUCAUGGUCUUCUGAUCCUUUGGACGUCAACGCAUUUAACUUGCUUCAAUCAAACACAAUAACUGUUCCCGCAGGAAUAUUGCAAUUCCCUUUCUUCGGUCAUGAUUUACAAGUGUUGAACUACGGUUUCCUGGGCACUAUUCUUGGACACGAGUUGACACAUAGUUUCGACAAUACCGGUAGGAAAUACGACGAGAACGGCAAUGAAAACAUUUGGUGGACAAACAGCACCACUGAAGAAUACGAACAGCGUACCGAGUGCUUUGUUCGCCAUUACGAAUCCUAUUCAAUAACUGGACUUAACAAAACCGUUAACGUAAGCGGUAAGUUGACUUUGAACGAAAAUAUUGCCGACAAUGGAGGUUUGAGAGAAGCCCUUAUGGGCUAUAGGAAAUUUAUUGCUGACAGCUGCGAAGAACCCAGGCUGCCCGGUCUUGACGAAUAUUCUAACGAGCAAAUGUUCUUCAUAGCAUUUGCCAACAAUUGGUGCGAAGCGUCGACAACAGAAUCAAUAGCCAAUUCCGUGUUAGACGAACACAGUCCAAAUAUCAUCCGGGUCGUGGCAGGAUUAGCCAAUUCGAAGGAAUUCAGCGACGUUUGGCACUGUAAUAAAGGUUCAAAAAUGAAUCCUCACAAGGAUAAAUGUAAACUAUGGUAAUGGUAGAGACCAUAAAAAAUAAUGCUUAAAACUACCAAAAUCCAUUACGAUUGAAAACCAUUGCUAUAUUUAAAGAAAUUCGAAUGUGCCAUCACUUUAACUAUGAUCACUUCAUAAAAUAUGUCCAAAAUACAUAUAUAUAAAUGAAUACAUGUGUAUAUAUAUAAUAUAUAUCUGUGUUCGAUUCCAUCCGGCCAUGUUACAGAGCCUGUCCGUCGACCCUCACGUUGGGUCAGUCGAAUAUUAUAUUUUUAUAAAUCGGUACUUAUUUGUUUUAUUAGUAAACAUGUAAAAAAUAAAUAUUUUUAUGUCAUAAUGUUAAUUAAUUUUGUCUAAAAAUAAUAUUGUAAAUUUGUGUAACGUUAUAUAGGAAUUAUUAAAAAAAAGAUUACCAUUA